UGAUUAUUUGGCCAUGAGGAUUAAGACACGCCCAAGGGGCGUUACUAAAGCUCACACUUACUACACUAAAUUACAGUGCGCACGUUCUGUGCGUGUCAGAGGAGUACGACCGAAGAGAACGUGUUGGAGUUUGACAGUAAAAACACAGAAAGGACCUGCAUGAACACAUCAUGAUUUUCUCAAGGAAUCCCUUUUGCGCUUUUUUAUUUUUUGCUUUGUUCUUUUUGUUUUUAACAGUUAUUUUAAAAAAAUGGCACUUUGGUCUCCAGGAGAAGAAACCUUUUGGUGAUGCUGCCCGUCCAGAUGGUUUAACUCCAGAGAGUGACAGAUUGCUCCAACAACUUCAGGAAAGACAACAAGAACUUGAGCUCCUGCACAUCACAUUUAAUAACAUACAAGGCUUUGUGGAUCCAAAUUUAUCCACCAAUGACAGUGCAAACUAUAUCAAUGGGAAAUUACGUUUGGACAACCCAGUAUCUGCUAAAACCGAUAUUGGCUGUGAAGAACUAAGUGGCAUCAAAGCUGUUGACUUUCUUGGUUCAGGUUACACUAAAACAGUGUUAAAAGCAGCGUUGCCGCAGGGAUUAUUUGUGGCAUUGAAAUCUGUAAACCAUCAAGGUACGGACAUGAGAUUGUGCAUGGAAGAUUUUCAAGAUUCCCAAGGCUGUCUUGAGCUUGUAUCUUUCAAACUGAGGAAGGAGAUUGUAUUACUGCAGACACUGCAGCACCCCAAUAUUGUAGAGCUGAAAGGUCAGUGUCAGGACAGAACUCUGGUUGGUGGCAUCACAGCAGUCCUGGAGCAGGGGAUGCCACUUCAGAUGAUACAGCUCCUGCAGAGCCCCUGGGAAGAGCGCUUUCGGGUCUGUCUUGGUUUAGUGAGGCUUCUUCAUUAUCUUUCUCGCUCACCGCUGGGUUCGGUAGCUCUGCUGGAUUUCCAGCCUCGACAGUUUGUUAUGGUGUCAGGAGAACUCAAGUUAACAGACUUGGAUGAUGCAAGUAUUCAAGAACCGGCCUGUCAAGAGGACUCCGACUGCCAGAUGCAGUUCCCCCUUCGCAGUUUCACCCUCCGAUGCUCCCCUUCUAGAAUCUGCGAAGGCUUGAACGAGAUGAGGAACCUCUACAAUGCCUACAGGUAUUUUUUCACCUACCUACUGCCUCAUCAAGCUCCCCCACUGCUGAAACCUCUUAUUCACCAAAUAAUGAACUCCACAGGAGAUUUAAAGCAAAGCAUUAAUGAAACCCUGGUCGCCUUCGAAGAGGUUUUGCAUAUGUACAAAUCUGGGCUGCACCUGGAGAACUUGCCACCAUCAGUAACCAGAGAUUAUGCUGUCUUGAAAGGAAUGAGGAGUGUUACAAAUAUGGAAUACAUCUGCUGGCCGUCGUACAAGCAGCAGGGCUGCGUGCUGUCUGUGCACGGUGCCAGAGAGGCCGCGCUCAUCUGCAGUUCUCAUCCACAGUGCACAAGCUUCUCUCUCAGCAGUGAAAAAACAUGGACAGGUCGACUUCUUGCCUCUUUCAGAAGUGGCUUCAGCCAUCUGGUUCCAGAUGUGAACUCAGCAGUGUACAUGAGGAGGGUUAAAGCCUCGGGAGCAGUGCUUUGAGAAAAAGAACCGUGGGGGAAGGGGAACAUUUUGAGACAAAUGAAUGUGUUAUAUUUAUAGGCAUCUUACUCAAUGGCUGUUUGAUCUUCGUGCCAGUCCUACACGCUGCCAAGGAGUGUUUAAAAGGAUUUCCCUUCAGGUAUAAUUAACCUGAAGAAAAAAAAGCAGCAAGAAAAAUAGGGCUUUCUACUUUUCCUCCUGUAUUACGUUCACAUGGGCACGGUCCACAGCUCUUUCACAGAUUUACUUUGAUGUUAAUGAGGCCAGAAGUUUGUAGCGUUUUGCUGGAUGCCAGUGUGUGUGGAGAACUGUGGCAAUAGGCGGAAAAUUGCUGAAACCACAAAAGCGCAGGAAUGUUUGGUGGGCGCCAUUGUCCUUCCUGCAUUAACUGAUAUAUAUCUAGAUUUCUCAAAAGUUCGUCAUACUUCAUCCUGUGGGUGCGUCUGAUUUCUUGUUCUUUCAGAGAAAGAGAUAUUAUUAUUCGUGUGCGUAUGCUCAUUCUACAUUCUGUAUUUUGUUUCAAAGCCUUUUUUAAUACAAAGUAAUAAAAUUCAU